AGGCAUCGGAGGUCGCUGAGGUCUUUGCCUUCCAGUUUCGUCUCCCUCGGGGGGUGCAGUUGUGCCCAGACAUGUCCUUGGAGAAUCUUCCCGAGCUGUCAUUCCGGUAGAGGACUCGUUUUCCCUUUCGUGAGGAUGACGUUUUGAAAAACACAACCCACUUUCCAUCCUGACUGAGCUCAUCCCUGUGAUCUGUAUUCUUACACAGCCUCACUACAUCAUUGUCUUUGGGGUCCAAAUUGUGGAACCGACUUGUGUGACUUUAGUUACGAACCUAUCGCAUUUAUUGAGCAUGUACUCGGCACCUGCCAGUUGACCCCUUUGAGCUUAAUUCGUCUAUACAGCUGUGCUUACCUUGCAGGAUUCUGAGAAGGCAAUGAUAUAUAAAUGCUAAAUCCAAGGCAGGACACCCAAUGACGGUGAUGUUAUUAUAAUUACUGCAAUGCUAGAGACUGGAGAUAGAGUUGAAAAGACCCAGCCCUCACUUUGCAGGCUGGUGGGGAGACAUGCAUUAUUAUAAUGAAGAUAUUUUUAAGUACUAUAAGAGCAUUGAGGUGAACAGGUACAUCUGCAUAAGCAAGUCAGAGGCCACCCAGAGCAGAAUGAUGACGCCCUUGCCUGAGCAGGUGGUGUUUCUUCCAAGGAUUUUGGGAGUAGUGCCUACUGUUCCCUGUGAAGCCUUCACUGUGCAUUUUAAGGUUACCCUUUCAUUGCCCAUUUAAAACAAACAAAAAGCAACAGCUCCGAUGUGAUACCAUUUGUAAAUGUUUGUCCUGUUCUACAAUGAGUUUAUUUUGUAUUUCCAGCAGAGCCAGCACAUGAUCUGUUGUUCUGCCCUUCGUGCUCCUCCACCCUUGCCCUUUGGACCCUCUACUUUUUUCUCUCUGUCCUCCCGAAACUGAUGGAGAACUACUUUGAUUCAUUGUUUUUACUGAAAUAAAAUUGAUCAACUUUUUUAAAAAACUAAAAGCAGAUUGCUGAAUGACUAGAUAUAUUUCCCAGUUGUUUGUUUUUUGAACUGAUGUUUCCCCCCAUGACCGGUAGCUUUUGUAAAGGAACAUUUCUUCUGUUAAAAAUUUAUGGAGAGUUGUGAGGGGGCUGGAAUGGGAGGCAGAGAGAAUCAAUACAUGAGAUGGUUUUGAGUGCAAAACAAUUUAGGAUCAGAACCUGAAGCAUUAUUUAAGUAACCAGCAAGAAAAACAAAUUUAUUUUGAGAGGCAUAACUUAUGCUCAUAUAGAGGCUCCUAUGUCUUAAGACUUUUCAGAUUUCGUAUUUCAAUAAAGCAUUACUUGGCUUUUCUAUAUGUAAACUACUUCUGUUUUAGAGAAACUAUCAGCAAGAUAUAAACUUUUCCAAAGACCAGUGGUAAGAGUUAAUAUUCUCUUCCACUCCAUUUUCUCUUGGAAAAGGCAGAGCUACGGUUUUGUAUCAGGUGGUAGUCACUGAAAAGACUUAUGUAAUGUUAAUAAUUUUCAUGAACUUACCUGAAUCUGGUUAUCUCAGUUAUUCGGAACAUUGUGUAUAUAAAGUUGUGAGCUUGAUCUUCCUAAUGUGGACUAGUUAGCUUCACUCGGUUUCGAGGUAAAAGGUCUAUCUCUAAUUCAAAAUGUAAUCAUUAGAAAAAAAAUUUUCAAGUACAGUUGAUACUUGUAAGAAGGCCAUGCAUAAAUCUUACGCGCUUUUAAUAGGAGGACUAUGAGCAUGCUGCCCUCGUAUAUAAAUGAUGGCAUUAGAAACUCCAUAUUGCAUCUUCUAUAUCUCAAACAACAGGUUAGUGAUUCAUCAGCACAUGAACAUCACCCAUGAAAUUGAAGAAUUCAGCUUCAUCCGGCAUUUAUUAAGAACCUAGCAUGGGUAGCACAGUAUUCUAAAAGUCACAUUAGAUCUUAAUCAUAAUUGCAGUCGAGAGGACCUCACAGAAUAUGGACACCUGACAUUAUAACUAUUAGAAAGCCAAAAUUAAGGACAAAAAUAAAUUUUAGACUGAAAUAUCUUAAUAAAGAGAACCUGAGGCUUGCCACUUUUACCCUGGUGAUUUGGAGGUGCUUUCGUACAGUUGUUUAUAAAUUUGGGAGUGCGUAAGAAUCAACUGAUUUCCUAGCAGAUUCUGAUGUAUUCUAAAAUUUGAGAAUCACUGAUCUUGUGGUGACUAAAGUAUUAGUCCUGUGGUUUUAGAAUGUUUGUUUGUUUGUCUAAUUAUUAUGGGUUUCCCCCUCAUUUUGUUUGUUUUUUGUUAGCAACUUUUCCCCUCGAUCUCACAAAAACUCGACUCCAAAUGCAAGGAGAAGCUGCCCUUGCUCGGCUGGGAGACAUUGCAAGAGAGUCUACGCCCUAUAGGGGCAUGGUGCGCACAGCCCUAGGGAUUGUCCAAGAGGAAGGCUUUCUAAAGCUUUGGCAAGGAGUGACACCCGCCAUUUACAGACACGUAGUGUACUCUGGAGGUCGAAUGGUCACAUACGAACAUCUCCGGGAAGCUGUGUUUGGCAAAAGUGAAGAUAAGCAUUAUCCCCUUUGGAAGUCGGUGAUUGGAGGGAUGAUCGCUGGCGUGGUUGGGCAGUUUUUAGCCAACCCAACGGACCUAGUGAAGGUUCAGAUGCAGAUGGAAGGAAAACGGAAACUCGAAGGGAAACCACUACGAUUUCGCGGUGUGCAUCACGCAUUUGCAAAAAUCUUAGCUGAAGGAGGAAUACGUGGGCUCUGGGCAGGUUGGGUACCCAAUGUACAAAGAGCAGCGCUGGUGAAUAUGGGAGAUUUAACCACUUAUGACACAGUGAAACACUACUUGGUAUUGAAUACGUCACUUGAGGAGAAUAUCAUGACUCACAGUUUAUCUAGUUUAUGUUCUGGACUGGUAGCUUCUGUUUUGGGAACACCAGCCGACGUCAUCAAAAGCCGAAUAAUGAAUCAACCGCGAGACGCGCAGGGCAGGGGACUUUUGUAUAAGUCAUCCACUGACUGCUUGAUUCAGGCUGUCCAAGGAGAAGGGUUCAUGAGUCUGUACAAAGGCUUCCUUCCAUCUUGGCUGCGAAUGACCCCUUGGUCACUGGUGUUCUGGCUUACUUAUGAAAAGAUCAGAGAGAUGAGUGGAGUCAGUCCAUUUUAAGCCCUUAAAGAUACAGUGUUCAGUAUCAUUGAAAUAUGGGCACCUGCAACACACCCCCUAUUAUUUCUACCUCUUUAGGAAGACACCUUGCUCUUCAGAGACUGUGAUUUAUAGGGGGCAUCACUUUCUUUUUCUCUGGAGUUCCCUUUGACUCCUCUUUGUGCAGAAGCAAUCUGGCUGGAUCACAUAGGCCACCCAGUGAGACCAGCAGAGCACUUCCUAAAGAAUGCAGUCCUGACAUUACCCUGGGAGAUCUGCCCUUUGAGGUGUUAUUUAUGCUGAAGAGCCUGCUUAGAGGAGGCGAGCCAGAGGGAGACAGCAUCUCAGACCUGGAGUAGACAGCAGAAUGGGGAAGAAUACAUCCAUACAGAGUGAUGAAGAACUAUAUUUUACCUGUUACAUCAGUCUUUCCAAUUGGAACUUGAUAAUUCACUUUCUGUUGUUAAAGUGUACACACUGUUAAUUAAAGAGAGGUGAAUGAAAAUUCAUGAAUAAACACUUUGAAUUUCCCUAGUGUUGAAGGAAGUUAAUGUACCUUUUCUUGCCAGGAUGAUGAAAAAAGUCGAGUUGGUAGGAUGUUUGGAUGAAGGAAGAAGCUGCUUUCUGUCAGUGCCCCAUUGUUAGGUCUGCAUUCAUUGGUCAGCACUCCACGCACAUGCUGAGUGCCUCCUGACAGCCACAGACUGAAUCUUGAUGAAAACAGAGUAUUUACUUUGUCAAAUAUCCUGUUACAACUUGGAUUUGUUGCUAGCUCUCAAGAAACUUCAAUAUAUUAAAAAUCCAACUUGUUUGAUUAAAGUGCAGGUGCAUAGAUCUUUUUUAUAAAGCAACUUAUCAUAAGCCCUUUAGUGGCAUUUUAAAAGCAUGGCUGAGGUUAAGCCAUCCAGUCCUGACAUGCACCCUUUCUUGUCUCCCUUUCCCUAACACUGAGGACCCUAGAAAGAGAGCGAGAGAACUCAGAAACCAUACUGAAGCUGUCCCUAGCCUGAAUCUUACCCAGUUUGACAAAGCUUCCUGGCAAAGAUGAUAAGUAUAACUUGCCUAUGAUAUAGUUAUAUCUCUCUCCAAUCCCUGAAUCACGUCCAUUUUCUAAUUUUAGAAAGAUGAGAGAGCUUUUGAGAUUCACCCAUAUCCACCUGCUCCCCCAACACCAGACGGUGGGCAUGUCUGGAUGGAUGGCUACAGUGAUGGGUGGAGGCUGUAACUGUCAAAAUAGGAAAACUUAGAGUCCAGGCCCAAGAAAGACCUUGAGGCCAACUGAACAGUUGUUACCAUGGGCAUGGGUGCUGUUGGACAAAAAAGUUUACAAGUGUUCUGUGGUCGCACUAAUGAGUAAUCACUGCCAUUUAAGAGGGGAAGUGUACUUUAAAAUAUAUUUUACUGUGAUGUACUAAUUUAUAGCUGCUAAUCGUUUUUCUGUACAGUUUGCAUGAAAUCUUCAGAUGGUGUAGUUUCCCAUUGCAUUUGUCAGUCUGUAUGCACUGAGUUGGUAAAUACAUUUAAAAUAAUAUUAUGUUAUUAAAUUCCCAAGUGUUAUGCAUUAGAACCACUUGGGGAACUUUUGUUAUUUUGAGUUUUAUAGUAUUUAAUAAGUAAAGACUCGAUCAAAAGAACUACAUGCAGACUGGACCAUAAAAAUUUUAUUCAGCUUUAUUCUUGAGGGACUCAGGGUGAAAACAUUGCUUAAGUACUGAGACUCUUCCUUGGUAUCUGGAUUCAACAUGAAUAAUUGGACUAUUUUAACCCGAAAUGACUCUCUGGGAUCAUCUGGUUUAACCCUUUCAUUUUAUGUGUUUGGAAACUAAAGCCCAGAGAAGUAGAGUUGUUCAUGUUUACAAGCUACUUAGUAGCAGAGCCAGGAUAAAAAUACAGAUCUAAGUACAACUAACAGCUAUUGUACAGAUUUUUCUUUAUGGCAUUUUUUUGUCAUACAUGUUAAAUUAACUCGAAUUGCCUUUAGCAUAAAUUUUAGAAUGGAGUCACCAUGCUUUAGCUUGAACAUUAAGACCCUCCAUACUCUGACCAGAUCCUGUGUGUUCAACACAUAUAGCCCAUUACAUUCAUACUUUUCCAAUGAAAUCACACCCAUUAAUGUAUUUUGGAACUUUGCUUUACUUUCACCAACUUGAAAUCAUCUUGUUCCUCUCCAAAAUAAUCAACAGUAAAUAGAAAGGACUAAAAAGUUCAGUAAUUUGUGUCCAUACUGAAAGACAUAAUCAUUUCAAUCUCACUUUCUUAUUAUACUACAUUUAGUAUUUACCUUCAGUUCAGUAUAACACUUGAUAACACUUAACACCUAAGUUUCUUUUGCUUAAUCUCCACAUCUUUUCUCAAAUCAUUUUUUUUUCCCUCAUGGAAAAAUAUAUAUAUUCUUACUUUUAAUUAUAUAGCUAUUUGUUCUUUAUAAGUGAACUAGCAUAUAUAUCUAAACAAAGAGGUAACAUUUCCUAAGUUUGCUUUUAGUACGGGAUAAUGUCUUUAUCAACUUCUCAAAUCCUGUUUUACUAUAAGUGACUAGUAGUGGUAGGACUAAGUUUUGUUUUUAUGUAGCUCUCAUUGGUAGCAUUUCUUUGAUGUUAGGUACUCAACAAAAGUUGAUUAUAGUUAUAACAUGAAUCAAUUUUUGUCUUCAUUAUUUUAAGAAUCUCCCUAUCCUAAGACUAGUCAGAAAUUUCUUUCACUUUGAUAAGAAAAAGUAAACAAAGUCAAGGAGGUUUUAAAUGCAAAAAAAAAAAACCCAAAACUGUCAUUUUCAAAGUUUUAAGCUCAACCAUUUAUUAACAAUUGAAAUAGUUAUGUGUGUUCUUUGUUAAUGAAAAUAGAUCCCCUCAGGACCUCCAUUGGAAAAAAAUGUUUGAUUUUAAUACCUGUGGUUAAAAAAAAAGUAGGCGGGGGGAGGAAUAUUCAAUUCUUUUCUCCCCAAUGAAACCAGGACUCUUUAAAACAAUUACAAAACAAGUAUAUAUUAUUAUGAAAUGCCAGAUAAUGUGGAAGAAAGACAACGUGGGUUCUAAAGACCUUUAUCUGACUGGGGUUCUACUUCUGACAAAGUAUAACUAUGAUCCGUUUCCUUCUCUUUUGAUUUCCGUUUCUCCAUAAGAUGAAAUGACUGAACUCUAGAAACUUAAAUUGCAUGUACUUAAAGGGGGCCAUUAUACCUGUGCCAUGUGGGAAAAAAAGUAGGAUUAAAAAUAUUUAUUGGGA